GUCUUCUUCCUUCGGGGUUCGGAGCCGCCUAUCCUCCAGGGCCGAGUAGCCGCAGGGCUGCAGGGGGCCAGGACGCCGCGACCCAGCUUAGCGACAGGGCCCUCCCCGGCGACGGCGCCUCAACAAAAUGGCGGACGACGGAGACAAGGAAGGCACAGAGAUAGCAGUAGCAGAAUUUCACAAAAAAAUCAAAGAAGCUUUUGAAGUAUUUGACCAUGAGUCAAAUAAUACAGUGGAUGUGAGAGAGAUCGGAACAAUUAUCAGGUCAUUAGGAUGCUGCCCUAGUGAAGGAGAGCUACAUGAUCUGAUUGCAGAGGUGGAGGAAGAAGAACCCACUGGAUACAUUCGAUUUGAAAAAUUUCUUCCAGUGAUGACUGAAGUACUACUGGAAAGAAGAUACAGACCAAUUCCAGAAGAUAUCCUUCAUCGAGCUUUUGAGGUGUUAGAUCCAGCUAAACGUGGGUUUCUUUCUAAGGAAGAAUUGAUCAAGUAUAUGACUGAAGAAGGUGAGCCUUUUUCUCAGGAGGAAAUGGAAGAAAUGUUGUCUGCUGCAGUUGAUCCAGAAUCAAAUUCAAUUCAUUACAAGGACUAUGUAACAAUGAUGGUGAUAGAUGAAAAUUAAACACUCUACAGACUUCAUUUCUAAUUGAAAGAUCAUUUUAAGAAUUGCUUGUCCUUGUUAAUUUCACAUUUUAUUUUAUAAUUCCUACAUAUUGCUAAUUAAUGCCUUGUGACAACU